AACAUAGAGGAAGGAAACCAGCUAGCAGCAUUCCCAAGUUUUGCCUAUGACAGCUCCUGGAGCCGCUUUCCAUGGGUAUCUGACAGGGACGCAUAAAUGACAAUCGAACAACUCAACCUGAAACGAACGGGACCCGAUUAAAGUCCGUGUGUCAGCGCAGGUGACUAUGGGUCUCUGCAAGUGUCCCAAGAGAAAGGUGACCAACUUAUUCUGCUUCGAGCAUCGUGUAAAUGUGUGCGAGCAUUGCCUCGUCUCCAACCACAACAAGUGUAUCGUGCAGUCAUAUCUGCAAUGGCUUCAGGACAGCGAUUACAACCCCAACUGCACUCUGUGUAAUACUCCACUGACUUCUCAUGACACUGUCAGGCUCGUCUGCUAUGAUGUAUUUCACUGGUCCUGUCUUAAUAACUUGGCAUCUCGGCUGCCCCUCCAUACGGCUCCAGCGGGAUACCAAUGUCCCGCCUGCCAGGGUCCACUGUUUCCCCCUUCCAACCUGGCCAGCCCAAUUGCUGAUGUGCUGAAAGAGCAGCUGUCAUCUGUUAACUGGGCGAGAGCUGGUUUGGGGCUGCCGCUGAUUGAAGAGCCCGUCGGGGUUCUUGAGGAGACCUCAGCUGCUGAUGUCACCGAUUAUACAGACUGGUCAACAUUUGAUGCACAAGAACAAAGUAACGUUUACCCCAGUCAGUCUUACAACACCAGCUUCAGCCCACCACCGAGCUCUGUGCCCCCUCCAGCACAGGAAGACAUCGGAGGUCCUCGUAAAAAUGGGGAUCCAAAUACGCAGGAGCAUGCCGUGGUCAACUUUACUGCUGCUAACACCCGCGACACAAUUACAAUACACACAGCAUCGUCACCGAGGAAGAUCUACGACACUCGGGACAUCAGUCACAGCUCUGUCACACAGAUCGACUUUGACGAUGACAAGUACCGAAGACGACCAGCGUUGAGCUGGUUUGCUCAAAUUCUCAAAAAUCGCACAGGUGGAAAGCGGACGUCUUUCUCCUGGAAGCAGCGCGUCUUCAUGCUUCUUCUGGUCGGAGUUCUGGGAUUCUUUACAUUGAUAAUCAUCAUGGCUAAACUUGGACGUGCCUCUGCUGGCUCGGACCCAAAUUUAGAUCCUCUUCUUAACCCCCACAUCCGUGUGGGCAAAAACUGAUGACAAGCAUCGAUUCCUUCUUCCCCCCUGUGUUACACAAUGUAUAAAGCUGUGUAGAUGGAGCUGAAAUGGGACUGUCCACCGCAGGGUUAGCCCAGCAGAGGGAGCUGUUUACCCAGCUUGAAUGGAAUAGAGAAAGAGACGCUCCAUCUCCGGCUCUCCACAGACACAGACACUAAAAAUUUCAUAACAUUCAGGAGCAACCCACAAACUCCGAGGGUGACCAACGCCUGGUGAAUUCUUUUAUUGUUGCUUUGAAAAGCUAAUGAUGGAGAGAGAGGUAGUAUUUAUAUUUACAAUUCCAGCUAACAUUAUCAGUGAUCUUUUGAAGUUGUCCAAGUUUUUCUUUUUUUUUUUUAAGUUCAGUAGAAACUAAACAAACACUGUCGAUGUUGGAAGAAAACAUCUUUUGCUGGCAGAUUAGUCAGAAUGUAAAUAAUUGGCAACGAAAACAUUCAGUAGCGUCUUUCUAAACUGAAUCCACUCUCUGAUUUGAUUUGAGGCCGUGUGUGUUUGUCCUUUCAGAUUUGAGGUGGCCAGAACUGGAAUCAAAUACAGCCCACACAUAACUAAUACAUAACUAUUUAUGGGUGUUUGCAUUACUUCUGAAAUUGAGUGUAUUGCUUUUAGAUUUGCCAUACGAGCUCCGUGUACAUUUUCUUCAUGUUUUUUGACUGUCCAUUAAACAGGAAUAUUACAGAACUUCA